UGGUGCUGGAAUACCAAGUCUCAAGUGCCCACUGCCCAGUACCAAGCACAAUCACAACCACCCUCACCGACUCGAGGCCAUCACUACUCUACUCAUGAGGCAUGUCCAAGCGGGGUUUCUUGUCCAACUCUUCCGAGUUUAUACAUGACCAUAGGAACCAACGCUUUUGACUCGUCUCCUCUCUGCAUGAGCUCCUUUCUCCCUCGCAGGAACCGGAGAACCCUGCUCAAAGGAUUUAUCAACGCCGAUCCACCGUCCGCCCGCAUUCAAAGCUUCUUCGUCUUUGCGUUCGGAGAUUAUUGUCUCUCGAUCAUUUCCAAACUGCGGGAGGGCGGCAUAUCUCCUACUUACAGUAGAAAGCCCCCAGUCCACCACUACGAGUACUACUGGUACGGCACAAUCCCUGAGGCUUCUCGAUAUUGGGUAGAAAGCUGGACAGUUUCCCCGCACUUUUCACGCCCAUUAUUUAUUUUAUUUGGACAGAGCAGGCAGGCCGGCAUCGCAUCGCAUCGCAUCACGUCCGGCGACCCAGCCAGCGUUGGAUGCUGCAGCAGGGGAAUGUUCUUGGUGAACACUACUGGCAGACUGGCAUAAGACUACGACUACUUACUGUAGACCGUAGACAGGGCAAAGGGGACGGUGCGGCGGAUACAGGCCAGGCCGGCUUUGCUUGCGGGUGCAUUCUCCUCAACUCAACUCGAUACGCGGCUCUCUUGAGCAAAAGGGUUCGCGGAGGGGAGAUAAUUGUACUGUACCGCGGACUGCAACCCACCCUGCAUCCCUACAAGCAAGCGCCAUUUUCCACGGCUCGUGUCGCCGACAAUAUUCAAAUCCACUGCUUUCGUAUUCGCGGCGUCAUAUCCAACGCUGCUCUGCCUGCUCUGCCGCAGGUACAAAACGACAGGGUAUUGCACAAGGGUUGAACGCUAACCUUAACACUUUAACCUUAGCUACGUGAAACAGUGCCAGUCGCCGCCCACUGGCACGACACCAGCACCAGCUAGCCGUGUAGAGUAUUUCUCUCAACUGCUCCUUUAAUUGUCCCAAGGGGUUUGAGGACUUACACGGCUUUGCAAGUCCAACAGCGGAUUAAUUCCUCUACCAUUCGCUUCAGAGUCCGAGGAGAUUGACUGUCGUCGAUUCACCAACAUUUUGACGUUUACCACUGCGCAUUUGGGUCUCCCAGAAUCCCACCUGCUGCCUGCAGACCAUCAUUCUUUUCCUCGCUAUAGUAGAAUUUCCUAGGUUCAAGGUUUCCUUGCUGCAAGGCUACCCCACCAGUCCCACCACCGAUCAACUUCAGAACACGACAGGAGGUAGCCCCUAACGCCCCGAACGAUAUAUCAGCAUUUAAGCUCGGAGGAUCAAAAGUCCAGGAUACUUGGGACUUCAUCUUAAGGCAGCAUUUACAAUGGCGUCACAAACGUCUCCUGCAUCACCGCCUCGGAAACCUCUACCAGCAGAGUCUCCUCCCAAAUUCGUGGACAGCGACGAAUACAAAGAGAACAGUGGCAGCAGCCCAAAUCGAAAGCCACUACCCAAUAUUCCCAUACCGGCGUCAGGACGGAUACAGGGAGCACCGAUGUCCCCAGUCAAGGUCAAUGUGCAGCGGGAGGAUUGGCCGCCUCGGGCAUCUGCAGCUACAAUUGAGGAUGGGACUGGGACUUUCUCACAAGAUUCCGAGCAAGACGGCUCUGCACAGUACGAACGUGCAGAACCUCGAAUGCCUGUGAUGCAAGACAUACCAUUUCGACCAAGCUACAACACAUCGAGAGGGGAGCAAAUACAACAGCCACAAACCGCGGUGAUCUCGUCAGGAGCAAGUUCAAGUUCUAGGACUCCCUCAGACGAAUCACGGAGGCGAGGUGGAUAUCCAGAUAUCGACGAAAAUGGUGCUGAGGUGGAGAUUCAGCCAGUUCCCCGUCUUCAAUAUCACCAUCAGACGCACCAUUCGGAAGGCGGUACUCGUCAAAGGGGACCCUAUAGUCCGUAUGGUCCAUCAAACGACCUUGUCGACGUUGGACAGUCAAUAAACCGACAUUUAACACCAACUUCUCAAGUUGGUAGACGUACACCUCUUCAGCGACCAAUCUCUGCAUACUCGGAUAUGGGACCUCGAGGUCGUUCGCCUGGCUUGCCUGGGUCUCCCAGCUGGGGAGGACGUGCUCCAUCAGCACAUUCUGGACGGUCCAAUGAUGGCCGGCCUCUUUCAUAUGUUGACCUAGCAAAUGUAUCAUAUCCGCAGGCUCCUCCUCCGCCGAUCUCCAUGGACAACUCGCAGUUACGAUCGGUUGUUGGGACAAACGCAUCGCUGCUUAGCAUGGCAAAGACUCUGGAGAUGUACCGACAAAAUGUUAAGAAGCUCAACGACGCUGAAACACAAUAUGCUUUUGCCAUUUUCCUCAUUCAAGCUGCUCAAGAAUCGGGGUUGGGACAGGAAGGAGAUGCAUCACCUAGGAAAACAAGUCCGAAACCAGGAAAUCGCGAUCUUGAAAGCCCUUAUAUUGAGAAAGUCCAAUCUUCACCUCAAGAACUCCUGGCCGAAGCCAAACAUAUGCUACAAAAGCUGUCGGAUCGAAGUUACCCAUUCGCACAAUACUAUCUCGCCGAUGGAUACGCUUCUGGUUUGUUCAGUAAGGGAAAGGAGGAUUACGGGACAGCAUUUCCCCUGUUUGUGGCCGCAAGCAAGCAUGGUCAUGCCGAGUCUGGAUAUCGAGCUGCACUGUGUUACGAGUUUGGUUGGGGUUGCAGGAAAGACCCAGCAAAAGCUGUACAAUUUUACAGGCAGUCAGCAUCGAAGAAUCACCCUGGCGCAAUGACUCGUCUUGGACGAGCUUGUUUAUCUGGAGAUCUUGGCAUGAACAAGUAUAGAGAGGGCUUGAAAUGGCUCAAGCGAGCUACGGAAUCUGCAGAUUUGCAGUAUAACGCAGCGCCAUACCAUCUCGGUCUCCUUUACGAAACUGGUUAUGGGGAUGACAUCUUCCAAGACGAGGUAUAUGCAGCACAGCUCUUUACGCAAGCAGCAGAUCUCGGGCAUGCUGAAGCUUGUUACCGACUGGGCGAUGCAUAUGAGCACGGAAAGCUUUCUUGCCCACGAGAUCCGGCGCUAAGUGUGCAUUUCUACACUGGAGCAGCACAAAAGGGUCAUCCAGCUGCCAUGAUGGCUUUGUGUGCCUGGUAUAUGGUUGGCGCAGAACCCGUCCUUGAUAAAGACGAGAACGAGGCAUACGAAUGGGCACGCCAAGCAGCAGAGUGCGGUCUCACCAAAGCCGAGUAUGCUGUGGGCUACUUUACCGAAAUGGGCAUCGGUACUCGACGCGACCCUCUAGAAGCCAAUGUAUGGUACGUGAAAGCAGCAGACUCUGGCGACGAGCGAGCCAAGCACCGACUUGCUGCCAUUCGCGCAGCAGCCAGUGGAGGCACCCCGAUGGAAGUUGCUCCACCAAGGAACGGAACCAAGAUAAAGAAGAGCAGCAGCGGCAACGAGAAGACGGCGCAGAACGAGAAGGAUUGUGUGGUUAUGUGA